AUGUCCACGAUCAUAAGCACAGGACCUGAUCCACCAGGAGUGAAUUACAUGGUCUCCGCCAAUUCCAUUACACUUCCAAUAUUCUCGAUAAUCUUCAUAAUACUUCUCAUCGUUCCAUUCCGUCUCCUUUACCGCGUCAGCAAUAUAGCCGCCUGCUCUCUCGUCAUUAUCAACAUAAUUUCUCUCAUCUUUGUCGCCAUGAAUGCUCUCAUUUGGCCUACCGACUCCCUCAUAUCUCGAUUCUCUGGACACAUAGUCUGCGAUAUUCAAGUACUCAUCCGUCAAGCUCUCUACACAGCUAUGACCUCAACAACAUGUUGCAUAUCUUUGUAUCUAGCAAGAGCGGUCACUCCGGAUAAUGCAUGUAUGCAUGAAACUCGAGCGAUGAAAAGACAAAGAGUAGCGAAAGAUUGUGCUUUUUGUUUUACAAUUCCAAUUCUACAAGUAGCGCUACAUUAUACAAUACAAACGAAUAGGUUCACGGUUAUGACAAUUUAUGGAUGUGUGGAUGCGACAGAUUUGAGUUGGCCAAGUAUUAUUAUCCUACAUAUUUGGCCACUCAUUUUUGCUUGUUUAAAUUGUUAUUUUGCUUUCCUAGUAAUUUAUCGUCUCCGCCGACAUCGCACGAAUUUUACCAGUACUCUCUCAUCUUCCUCCGCAGGCCUCAGUCCUCGCCGCUUCUUUAAACUUUUUUCAAUGUCCCUAAUGCUUCUCCUGAUUUAUUUUCCAGUCGUCAUUUAUUAUUUUUAUCUUAAUGUCAGCUGGCCUUUACAUGCCUUUUCUUGGUCAUAUGUUCAUGAUCCUUCAUAUUGGCCAUCGAUCAUCUUCUGGAGAAUCGCAGAUGCACCAAAGGGUAUGCAGUAUGAUGCAUGGAAUUGGGUUGCUUUAGCCUUUUUAAUUGUGGUAUUCUGGGGUUGUAAUAGUGAAGGAAUGGAGAUUUAUAGAAGGGGAUUGUGCAAAUUGGGAUUGGCGAGGUGUUGGCCAAGAUUGAGGAUGAGUAUGCAUGAAAGAAAGAUGGAGAAGAUGGAGAGGAAUAGUAGGAUUGGAAUGAGUAGUGGGAGUCUAAAUGGGAGUUGGGCAGGUAAAUUUGAUUUGAUUACUAAGACUAUUCAUUAUUUUGAGGAUCAGGAGGCGAAAAGUGGGAAACAGAGCGUGACUACGACGACUACAUUGGGAGAUGAAGUAAAAAAUACCACAAGCCGCAAGCCUUCUCAUACCCCAGCCUAUGACUCCGUCAACUCCAGCAACUUGGGUUGUAACUCCCAAAAUACGACUGGUUACAAUCCGUCGACCCACAAACCUUCCAACGCGACAACUUACGAAAGUAUAAAUGAGAAAGAGACUUACCUCUCAUCUAUAUCUACUACAAUCGAGAACUCAGAUGUCAUCUCCCCGGUUCCGAGGACGCCCAGCCCAAAUAAUGCUCAUUCGCAUUCUCUAGAUCAUGAGGUAGGGGUGAGAGAGGCCACAAUCCCACCACCAACUUCAGCCGGGAUUUAG